AUGAGACAAAGCCUCCCCAACUACACACAUCUCUCAGUAAUCGGCACAUAAGAACUGUGUCUCUGUUUCCUGUGUCAAUGCCAAUCAGCAUGGCAGCUCACAUUCAAGGCCUUCAAAAGAUCUCCUACAUUGUCCCCAUCGUCAUGGCUACAUUUCAGCUCGCUGUAGGGGAAGACAACGUCAGCACUGAUGAGAAUGUGCCAUAUUCUACCAUGGAUUAUAGUGACUUGCAGACAGUCUGUCAAAAGGGUGAUGUCCGAACCUUUCGCUCUUCCUUCUUGCCUGCAAUGUACACAAUCAUCUGCCUGGUGGGACUUGCAGGAAACGGACUGGUGAUGAUCAGGUACUUGUACUUUAACAGGCUGAAAAAUGGCACAGACUACUAUAUGCUCAAUCUGGCCAUAGCAGACAUUGUGUUUCUGCUGACCCUGCCUUUCUGGGCAGUAAGUGUGGCAAAGAACUGGGUUUUUGGCAGUGAAAUGUGCAAGAUAAUUUACUGCCUCUACAAAAUGAGCUUCUUCAGUGGGAUGUUCUUGCUCAUGUGUGUCAGCAUGGAGAGGUACUUUGCCAUUGUCCAAGCUCCAUCAGCUCAUCGUCACAGAUCCAAGACAGUGUUGAUCAGCAAGCUGUCCAGCCUUGGCAUUUGGGUCUUUGCCUUUCUGCUUUCCAUUCCCGAGCUCCUUUACAGUGGCGUGAACAACAACGGUGGGGUGAACAUGUGCAUUAUAUUUUCCAACAGCAUUCAGAGCCUAAGUGCCAAGUUGAAGAUCUCCCAGAUGUUCUUUGGCUUUUUCCUGCCUUUGAUCAUAAUGGCUUUGUGUUACUGCAUGAUCAUCAGGAAGCUCCUUCAAGCACGCAAUUUUGAAAAGUACAAAGCCAUUAAAGUUAUCAUUGCUAUCGUCAUCGUCUUUGUGGCUUUCCAACUUCCAUACAACAGCGUCAUGUUGAUAAAGACCUUCGAUAAUGGCACUGACUGUGAGGCCAGCAAGAAGUUGGACAUUGCCGACGACGUGACGUAUAGCCUUGCCUGCUUCCGUUGCUGCCUCAACCCUUUCCUUUAUGCCAUUAUUGGAAUUAAGUUCAGGAAUGACCUGUGCAAGCUCUUUAAGGAUAUUGGUUGCCUGAGUCAGGAAAAAAUUACAGAAUGGUCAUCAGCCAAGCCAAGCAGGAGGACUUCUUUUGCCAUGGACACAGAGACAACCACCACCUUUUCUCCAUGAAACUUUCUGCCAAGUCCUUCUGUAUGGGAAUCUUCAGAGCAGAACAAUAUUAUUUUCUAUCUGGGCUUUACUGCCUAACAAACUGUCUGUAUUAGCUCUUGAGUUUUUGACGGCAGAGGGAAAAAAUAUAAAAAAAAGUCGAGCAGGUCUACCAUAUAGGGCAGCCAUAUUUUUACCUAGCUCCUGAGAUGAGCCAAUGAAGUUAGAGGUCCAUCUAACAAUCUACAUGUUAAAUAGUUUUUGGUGAUAUAUUUUACAUCUACUUUGACUGAACAUUCAAAUAUCUACAGAUUCUGCAGAUUAUUUUGUGAAAUCCCUCUUCAUAUAGCUUUGUGUGGCAAGGUCUAAUGGGAAAGAAGAUUGUGAAGGCUGUUUCUUUAGAGGAACCUGUAAUGAAAAGAAGAAUGUUGUUAAGUAAAAAUAGUGAGCAAGCUCCCCCAAAAUGAUCAUAGCAGGAGUUUUUCAAUACGUGCAGAGGUUCUGUGUGGUUAUGCACUGGUACAAUGGAAAGGGUCUCUGCAGUGCACAUUGUCUUUACGUGCCCAUGAUCAGCAGAGAUAAAUUCAGGAUCUCCAUAGGGGGUAUUGGGCCACCCUUUACUCUUGGUUGUCCAGUACCUGGCUGCCCCCCCUCCCAGAUGAGACAAUAGGGAUUAGCCAGAGGCUGGAAAAAGUGGGGUGGGUUUAGGGACUGAACAAAGGGGGGUGAUUUGGCUGCACAGGGUUGAUAAGGUGGGGAAAGUUGACAGACUUACUUGGGGGGUAGGGAGGUCCUUUGCCUAUAGCUUGUAUAACUCAUAGCUUUUAUUACAAGUGUUGCUGACACAUAACAGCUCCCAAAGUUAAUUUAUAAUAAACAUGAUAUUGUGACAACCAAUGCAAUUCGUUUUUCUGCUGCUUUACAAUGGCAGUGCGUGCAUACCUGUAAAUGAGCAUAUUGGCGCUUUUCUCCUUUCUCUCUCUGUUGCUAACCUAAGGUGCCCUUUUAAAUAGACUUCUUAAUGUAAAUGUCUAAAUAUAUUAAAGGAUGAAUGUAAAGGUA